AUGUCAGUAUCAAGAGUCUCGACGGAUAACAAGACGUUUGAUUUUAAUCUACGUACCAGUGAGACGGAUUGGCCAUCCUUAAAGGUUCACUUUACUCUGAAACGUGACUCAAUGCAUGUUUACGGUCACACUGAAUUUGAUGUAUAUCUCAACCCAGUUGUAUUGGAUGAGUCAGACAAUGAUGGUAGUGCCAGUGUACUAUACGACGGCUAUGUUGAUUUUAGCAACAGGAAUACACUUGCCAAGUAUUCUCUGGUCAAUGGUAUUGCUUACUCUACCAUUAAUCUAGAGCCCAACCAGACUCAACUCUUAUCAACCAUGUCGCAGUGUUUACCAAUAAACAUGCUGCCACCAUUAAACGAGAUGCUUCCUGCACUUAAUGCCGCGACUCCGAUUGCAAGUGCCAACUUAGAAGGUAUUGAGAUCAAAUGCACAACGGGACACUUUUUCAAAGUCAUGUUGCAAGGACUCAGCUUUGUAAUUUGUGUGUCCGAUACUUCCGGUUUUCACGUAUACGGGAGCGAUAUGGAGUUUGAAGUGAAGUAUUUGAAGAUUCCUGUACAAAUAGUAGCGCCAAAACUAACUGCAAGCGCAGCAAGUGAGUGCAAGACCGUUGUCAAUGCUACUGUAGUGACUGCGACAACAGUUGCUUUACUUACUGGCAAGGAGCUUUCGGAAAGGUCAGAAAGUUACAACUUUGGCUCCACUGUUUAUAUGAGCUCGACCAAGUGCUCUUGCAUGUCGACGCCGCGUCCGUGUCUUUUCAUUCAUGGCUUAGGAAUUGACUUUGCAAAAGCAGAACUCCAAGACUCAUUCUCGUUUUACUGGGGCAAUCUCACAGACCAUGCACCAUGCUGCACGGAUUUCAAGUACAUGAUUUGGAAUUCCAUACAGACUGGUUGGAACAACCAAACUCAACAGCAAAUUAUGUGCGACCUUGCCACCUCGUUAUCUGGAUUUGGUUCACCAAACGAAAUUGCAGACACGAUUGUCGUCACGCAUUCCAUGGGCGGACUCGUGCUGGCAAGUGCAAUCGCUAGCGGAAAGUGCACAUUCGCAGAAAGCAGUUCGUGGAUUGCGACGAGUGCCCCAAUGUCAGGAAGCAUGGGCUCUGACUAUGCUGAGGAGGCUUGUGCUGGUAAGCAUAAAUUUGUCAUGGAGAAAAUUGGCAAUGUAACUGGUGUAUGCCCCGUACUGGGUGGUACAAAGUCGCUUGUAUAUGAAGGCGGUAAGAUGAGUUGGCCGGAGCUGAACGAUGCUUACAAAGCAGCGCGGAAAGUCUACCGGACUCAUGUUCAUGCAGCACUUUGCAGCAACUGGUACGUUGGUUUAUUUUCACGCUACCAGUUCUUGUAUGCGCUGCUUGGUGCUACACUUCCUCACAAGUCGAACGAAAACGAUGGCUUGGUCGAGUUUGAGAGCUGUGCUGGUGGCCUCCCACGGGAACAGUUCCACGAUCAUUACACCCACCGAUUCUACGUGGCACGUCUCAACCAUGCCGACGCGACGUUUUAUUAUGGUGACGGGCUUUUUAGUUCCGCAAAAAAGCCCGUGAAAUGGUUCGAGUGUGUGUUGUAG